AAAGAUGAUGACGGCAAAUUUUUCAUACCAGUAGAUAGGCUAGAUGAAAUAGUCACUGAACAGACAAUACGCAAGGAACUCAAGACACUGAGUGUUGGUCAGAAGAAGGAUCGACACACUCUCGCUGGACAGAUCUGGAGAGCGCCUUCAUCGAAACAAAAAACGACCAGACGGAAGAUAUUUGCAGUGCUGGCUUUAAUGCAAAAAAUUGAUUCAAUCUUAGACUUCAUCGAAGAGGGAGUUUACGACAACAGGCUUCCAUUCGUAUAUGCCGAGGAUCAGGUUGAGGUGUGCUGUAAGAAAACGGGACAGCCUAUUAAACUUUUCCAAGACAAGGCGAGAUGGAAACCGCAUGAAAAAGACCUUUUUCAGACCUACCAAUGGUGGAUGAUGACACCCUAUUUUCAACUUAGUUGCGAAGGGGAGAAGACUGUCCGUCGUAUGCCCGUAGAGGACCUGGCUGUGCUCCCAUUCACGGACGUAAAGACUACAUCCGAAGGCGGAUUCUCAGUAGUUCGCAAAGUAAAAAUACACUCGGCGCAUCACAAUGCGCAGGAUUUUUCGGUACAGCCUGUACAUUUCGCGGUGAAAACUCUCAAUUUUCAGGCAGACGCCAACGACCUAGAGAACCAGGAGGUGCAAUCCCUCAUCCGCCUGAACAACGAAAAUCACCCCAACCUCAUCAGGCUUCUGAUGACUUUCCAGCACAAGAAGCACCUGCACUUGGUAUUCCCAUGGGCCGAUGGAAAUCUCCAAGACUUUUGGAGCAAGAAGUAUCCGGACCCCAAUUAUCCUCUUCGAGACUACGAUUUGGCUAGGUGGAUGGCACAGCAGUGCUUAGGCCUCGCCCUGGGCCUUAGGGCUAUCCACCACAACUGCGUUGAUGAAUCUCAAGCUCAGGAACAAGGCUUGGAGCCCGACGCAGCCCAGAAGAAAUACGGCAAGCACGGCGAUUUCAAACCGGAGAACAUCUUAUGGUUCAAGCAAAGUGGUGCAACCUCCGCCAACAGUGUAACAGGGGUUCUCAAAGUUUCCGACUUUGGUUUUGCUGACUUCCAUGCAUCAGCGUCAAAAUCGGAUAUCCCCAGAGACAAUGUUCUUGGCAUAACUCCUACUUAUCGAGCACCGGAAUGGGAUGUUCAGCGGAACGUGGCACCCUCAUAUGACCUCUGGUGUUUCGGAUGUGUUCUGCUCGAAUUCGUCGUGUGGUUCCUGCGCGGUUGGCAAGGGGUGCAGGAGUUUAUGAAUAAACGAUUGGCCGAUUCAGUUCAUGAGAUUCCAGGAUACGAAGAGGAUAAGUUCUUCAAUCUUGAUCCCCACGCAAGACAAGACAUAAGAAAGGCUGUAGCGAAGAAUUCUGUCCGAACCGAAAUCCAGGAUUUGCGCCAACACGAGAAGUGUAGCGAUUUCAUUCUCGAUUUACUCGACCAUGUCGAAGAUUACCUCCUCCGCAUGCGGCCAGAGAAAAGGGCCAGCUGCGACAACACCGUUAGUGUGCUCCAAAGAAUCGUUGAAAAAUGCUUUGCGGAUGCAAAGUACUGC